AUGUCGAGUCUGGUCAGGGCGACCACGCCCGUCAAGCAAACCGCGCCGGCGACGGCGACUGAGAGCCCCGGCACCUGGCGCCACCCUCGACUCGACGAAAUCACAAGACGGCGCGAUGCCACAAACUUCUCCGAAAAGAACGUGCGGCGGAUCGCCUACAACAUAGUCGCCUUGCUGGCCAUGUGGUCGCUUCAGCUGCUGGCCAGGCUCCAGGUGGACGCGCAAAUGUUUCCCAAGUCCGUCCGACUAUAUCUCGGCUGGGCAUGGUUCGCCGCCCAGCUCAUCCCAUUCAUCCAGAUCGGCAUGGCCUGCCUGCCACUUAUCCGGCCCAAAGACGAGCUCGCCGAUAUCCCGUUGACGGCUACCCAGCGCAAACUGCUGGGCCUCAACCCGUCCGUCGUGCCGCCCACCCCCGACGUCAACAUCAGCACCCCGCCGCGAUACUCGCGAACUCCAUCCAUUGCAGGCUCUGUGGGAAGCAGGGCUAGCUAUCCCAACUCUCCGUUGGAGGGACGAGGCGACCCCGUGUCCAACGCUCUUUCUCAGAGCUUUAGCGGCUCGGUCUCGCAGUUCUCGCCCAUGGGAAGCCCAUUCCUCCAAAGCGUUAACGGCGUGAGCAAUAGGAGGUCAUCCUUUGGGACGUCAGGCUCCUUUGGCGCGUCCACCAUUGGCUCCUUCGGCGCAAGCACUUCGUCAAACAUGUUGCCCGACCCUGCCUCACCAAGCCCUUCAGCAGGCAAGAGGACAAGCAUUGGGCUCAACAAUAAGUGGCUGUACGAGAAGGGCAGGAGGUCUUCUGGCAGCACUUGGGUCCAUUGA